AUGUGGGGCGUCCUCUCUGGGACCAAAACCAAAACAAGCAGAAGUCAUCCCAGCGUCUGUGGAGACAAAGGAGAUGAUGGCCUGUUGACCCUCUCUGAAGUGCUGGACAAGAUGGACUAUGUGAGGACUAGCACCAUCACAGAUUACGGGGCGAUGAGGGUGGAGGACCAUGAGGAGCUGUGA